CACCCACAAGACUUCAAGAAAUCACCAAACUUUAAGCUCUUGAAGACACAAAGACACACAAAGACAAAAACACUCAGAAGAGAGAGAGAGAGCUGAAUACAUUUGAUGGGCCUUUACCUUCCUCUUCUCGUGCACCAUCAUCAAUGGCCAAAUCUCUCCCCACUUCCUUCUUCACUUUCCUAAACACCCUUCUCAGAUUACCCAUUACCGGCAUCCUCCUCCUCCUCAUCUUCCUCCACUCCCUUUUAUAACCCUCUCACAAUCCCCAAUCAAAAUCUCCUCUUUUGUAUAUCUUUGACUUGCCAGAGCCUCAUCUUGAUCUGGGUUCAUUGCGAUUUGAUCCAUUUCUGUUUACUUUAAUAUAUAUCUAGCCAAAACAAAAGAUCAGUCUUUUUACGGUAUCUGAAAAUCGAAGUAAAGAAAGCUGGUUUGGUUUCGCGGGGAAAAAAAAAAACAGAGGAGAUAGGCAAUGGCAUCGGUGUUUCUGUACCAUGUGGUGGCUGAUCUAACGGUCGGGAAGCCGGAGCUGGUGGAGUUCUGCGAGACGGAGACGGUGGAGGCGGCGAUAAAGGCGAUCGGAGACUCGACUGAGUGUGGCAUACCGGUGUGGAAGAGGAAAACGCAUGCGGGUAUUGAGAACACUGAAAUGAGGCAGCAGAGGUUUGUGGGGAUUCUCAACUCGCUUGACAUUGUUGCUUUCUUCGCUAAAAGUGAGUGCUUGGAGGAUCAUGACAAGGCUCUUAAGACUCCGGUUUCUGAAGUUGUUGCUCAUAAUAAUUCCUUGCUGCGUCAGGUUGAUCCUGGGACAAGGUUGAUAGAUGCACUGGAGAUGAUGAAGCAUGGUGUAAAGCGUCUUCUUGUUCGAAAGAGUGUCGUCUGGCAAGGCAUGAGCAAGCGCUUCUCAAUUCUCUAUAAUGGUAAGUGGCUCAAGAAUAUGGAUACUAGCAGCAGCAGCAAUAACCUUGGUCCCAGUUCCAAUCGGCCUUCCUCAUCAACCACUACCAGCGCCCGCGACAAAUUUUGCUGUCUCUCAAGAGAAGAUGUUAUACGUUUCCUAAUUGGUUGCCUGGGUGCCCUAGCACCUCUUCCGCUCUCCUCUAUCUCCUCGGUUGGAGCUAUCAACCCAAACUACAACUCGAUUGAAGCCACAUCUGCAGCCAUUGAAGCCACUCAGAAACUUCCUGAAGACCCCUGUGCAAUUGCUGUCCUUGAACAGUCGCAGGAUGGUCAGUAUAAGAUUAUUGGAGAGAUCUCUGCCUCCAAACUAUGGAAAUGUGAUCACUUAGCAGCAGCAUGGGCUUUAGCUAAUCUCUCCGGUGGACAAUUUGUAAUGGGAGUUGAGGAUAAUGUGUCCUCAAGGUCACUGAAAGAUUUUUCUGUAAAUCAAGCUGCUGGGAAUCACAAUCUAGCUAAUGGUGGUGGGUCAACAAAACCAAAGAAAUUCAGUAGCAGGAGUAUAGGUUUCAACGCUGCAAACCCGAGCUUGGCAGUGAGUAGAAGCAUGUACAGGGGUAGAAGUGCACCGUUGACAUGUAAGGUUACAAGUUCAUUGGCUGCUGUUAUGGCUCAGAUGUUGUCUCACAGAGCAACCCAUGUCUGGGUGACUGAGGAUGAAAGUGAUGAUGUUUUAGUUGGAGUCGUUGGUUAUGCGGAUAUUAUGGUUGCUGUCACCAAACAACCAUCCUCUGUUGUCCCUCCACCAGGUCGGUCUACUGAGAAUUCUGGUAUUGUUAAUGACGUCCACAAUUGAAUUAUUUCAUUUUUUGGCUCUAUGAAGUAUUUCUUAAGUUCUGUUUCCUAUGCUAUCUGUGUUUGGUAGGGGAUGUAAAAAGGGGCUUGAGACUGGGAUUGUUACAUUUUGACCUUUUGAAAAACUUUGUUGCAAUAAUGAAUAACGUGUCUAGUGGAAUAAUGCAGGGUAAAUAAUUUUGCUCAA